AUGCCUGUCAGCCACAUGCCAGUGGCCAGUUCUGAGGCUAGCACCCUUUCAACAACUCCUGUUGACACCAGCACACCUGUGACCACUUCUACUGAAGCCCAUUCAUCUCCUACAACUGCUGAAGGUACCGUCGUGCCACUCUCAACUCCUAGUGAAGGACAUACUCUAUUAACAAGUAUGCCUGUCAGCACCACGCCGGUGGCCAGUUCUGAGGCUAGCACCCUUUCAACAACUCCUGUUGACACCAGCAUACCUGUCACCACUUCUACUGAAGGCAGUUCAUCUGCUCCAACUGCUGAAGGUACCAGCAUGCCAACCUCAACUCCUGGUGAAAGAAGCACUCCAGUAACAAGUAUAACUGUUAGCACCACACUGGUGGCCAAUUCUGAGGCUACCACCCUUUCCACAACUCGUGUUGACACUAGCACACCUGUGACCACUUCUACUGAAGCCAGUUCCUCACCUACAACUGCUGAAGGUACCGUCGUGCCAAUCUCAACUCCUACUGAAGGAAGUACUCCAUUAACAAGUAUACCUGUCAGCACCACACCGGUGGCCAGUCCUGAGGGUAGCACCCUUUCAACAACUCCUGUUGACUCCAACAGUCCUGUGGUCACUUCCACUGAAGCCAGUUCAUCUCCUACACCUGUUAAAGGUACCAGCAUGCCAACCUCAACUUAUAGUGAAGGAAGCACUCCAUUAACAAAUAUGCCUGUCAGCACCACACUGGUGGCCAGUUCUGCAAUCAGCACCCUUUCAACAACUCCUGUUGACACCGGGACACCUGUGACCACUUCUACUGAAGCCAGUUUAUAUCCUACAACUUCUGAAGGUACCAGCACACCAAUCUCAACUCCUAGUGAAGGAAGCACUCCAUUAACAAGUAUGUCUUUCAGCACCACGCCGGUGGCCAGUUCUGAGGCUAGCACCCUUUCAACAACUCCUGUCGACACCAGCAUACCUUUGACCACUUCUACUGAAGCCAAUUCUUCUCCUACAACUGCUGAAGGUACCAGCAUGCCAAUCUCAACUCCUAGUGAAGGAAGUACUCCAUUAACAAGUAUACUUUUCAGCAGCAUGCCAGUGGCCAGUUCUGUGGCUAGCACCCUUUCAACAACUCCUGUUGACUCCAACACUCCUUUGACCACUUCUACUGAUGCCAGUUCAUCUCCUCCAACUGCUGAAGUUACCAGCAUGCCAACCUCAACUCCUGGUGAAAGAAGCACUCCAUUAACAAGUGUGUCUGUCAGCACUACGCCGGUGGCCAGUUCUGAGGCUAGCACCCUUUCAACAACUCCUGUUGACACCAGCACACCUGUGACCACUUCUACUGAAGCCAGUUCAUCUCCUACAACUGCUGAAGGUACAGGCAUGCCAAUCUCAACUCCUAGUGAAGGAAGUACUCUAUUAACAAGUAUACCUUUCAGCACCACGCUGGUGGCCAGUUCUGAGGCUAGCACCCUUUCAACAACUCCUGUUGACUCCAACAGUCCUGUGGUCACUUCUACUGAAGUCAGUUCAUCUCCUACACCUGCUGAAGGUACCAGCAUGCCAACCUCAACUUAUAGUGAAGGAAGUACUCCAUUAACAAGUAUGCCUGUCAGCACGACACCGGUAGCCGGUUCUGCAAUUAGCACCCUUUCAACAACUCCUGUUGACAGCAGCACAUCUGUGACCACUUCUAGUGAAGCCCAUUCAUCUCCUACAACUUCUGAAGGUACCAGCAUGCCAACCUCAACUCCUAGUGAAGGAAGCACUCCAUUAACAAGUGUGCCUGUGAGCACAACGCCGGUAGUCAGUUCUGAGGCUAGCACCCUUUCGGCAACUCCUGUUGACACCAGCACACCUGUCACCACUUCUACUGAAGGCAGUUCAUCUCCUACAACUGCUGAAGGUACCAGCAUCCCAACCUCAACUCCUAGUGAAGGAACCACUCCAUUAGAAAGUAUGCCUGUCAGCACCACGCUGGUGGUCAGUUCUGAGGCUAGCACCCUUUCAACAACUCCUGUUGACUCCAACACUCCUUUGACCACUUCUACUGAAGCCAGUUCAUCUUCUCCCACUGCUGAAGGUACCAGCAUGCCAACUUCAACUCCUAGUGAAGGAAGCACUCCAUUAACAAGUAUGCCUGUCAGCACCACACUGGUGGCCAGUUCUGAGGCUAGCACCCUUUCAACAACUCCUGUUGACACCAGCACACCUGUGACCACUUCUUCUCAAGCCAGUUCAUCUCCUACAACUGCUGAAUUUACCAGCAUGCCAACCUCAAUUGCUAGUGAAGGAAGCACUCCAUUAACAAGUAUGCCUGUCAGCACCAUGCUGGUGGCCAGUUCUGAGGCUAACUCCCUUUCAACAACUCCUGUUGACUCCAGCACUCUUGUUACCAGUUCUAGUCAAGGCAGUUCAUCUCCAGCAACUCUUCAGGUCACCACUAUGCAUAUGUCUACUCCAAGUGAAGGAAGCAGUUCAUUAACAACUAUGCCCCUCAGCAGCACACAUGUGACCAGUUCUGAGGCUAGCACACCUUCCACACCUUCUGUUGACAGAAGGACAUCUGUGACCACUUCUACUCAGACCAGUUCUACUCCUACACCUCCUGAAGGUACCACCCUGCCAAUGUCAACUCCUAGUGAAGUAAGCAGUCCAUUAACAAUUAUGCCUGUCAGCACCACAUCAGUGCCCACUUCUGAGGCUGGCACACCUUCAACACCUCCUGUUGACACCAGCACACCUGUGACCACUUCUACCCAAGUCAGUUCAUCUCCUAUGACUCCUGAAGGUACCACCAUGCCAAUCUGGACGCCUAGUGAAGGAAGCACUCCAUUAACAACUAUGCCUGUCAGCACCACAUGUGUGACCAGCUCUGAGGGCAGCACCCUUUCAACACCUUCUGUUGUCACCAGCGCACCUGUGACCACUUCUACUGAAGCCAUUUCAUCUUCUGCAACUCUUGACAGCACCACUAUGCCUGUGUCAAUGCCCACGGAAAUAAGCACCCUUGGGACCACUAUUCUUGUCAGUACCACACCUGUUAUGAGGUUUCCUGAGAGUAGCACCCCUUCCGUACCACCUGUUGACACCAGCAUGUCCAUGAACACUGCCUCUGAAGGCAGUUCAUCUCCUACAGCUCUUGAAGGCACCACCAUGUCUAUGUCAACAAUGAGUGAAAGAAGCACUUUAUUGACAACUCUCCUCAUUAGCCCUAUAUCUGUGAUGAGUCCUUCUGAGGCCAGCACACUUUCAACACCGCCUGGUGAUACCAGCACACCUUUGCUCACCUCUACCAAAGCCGGUUCAUUCUCCAUACCUGCUGAAGUCACUACCAUACGUAUUUCAACUACCAGUGAAAGAAGUACUCCAUUAACAACUCUCCUUGUCAGCACCACACUUGCAACUAGCUUUCCUGGGGCCAGCACACCUUCAACACCUCCUCUUGACACAAGCACAACUUUUACCCCUUCUACUGACACUGCCUCAACUCCCACAAUUCCUGUAGCCACCACCAUAUCGGUAUCAGUGACCCCAGAAGGAAGCACACCUGGGACAACCAUUUUUAUUCCCAGCACUCCUGUCACCGGUUCUACUGCUGAUGUCAUUCCUGCAACAACUGGUGCUGAAUCUACCUCUGUGAUAACUUCCACUGAACUAAACACACCAUCAACCUCUAGUAGUAGUACCACCACAUCUUUUUCAACUACUAAGGAAUUUACAACAACUGCAAUGACUACUGCAGCUCCCCUCACAUAUGUGGCCAUGUCUACUGCUCCCAGCACACCCAGCACAACCAGCAGAGGCUCCAAUACUUCUGCAUCAACGCUUUCUGCAACCAGCACACCUCACACCUCUUCUUCUGUCACCACCCGUCCUGUGACCCCUUCAUCAGAAUCCAGCAGGCUGUCAACAAUUACUUCUCACACCACCCCACCAAUAUUUCCUCCUGCUCACUCCAGUACACCUCCAACAACCUCUGCCUCCUCCACGACUGUGAACCCUGAGGCUGUCACUACCAUGACCACCAGGACAAAACCCAGCACACGGACCACUUCCUCCCACACGGUGACCACUAACACUGUCCCCAUGACUCCUCCUACAACUAAGAGCAACCCCACCUCAACUCCUAUUGUGCCAACAACCACAACAUGCUUUGGAGAUCAGUGCCAGACUACGGCCUCUCGCUGCAAGAAUGGAGGCACCUUGGAUGGGCUCAAGUGCCAGUGUCCCAACCUCUAUUACGGGGAGUUGUGUGAGGAGGUGGUCAGCAGCAUUGACAUAGGGCCACCGGAGACUAUCUCUGCCCAAAUGGAACUGACUGUGACAGUGACCAGUGUGAGCUUCACCGAAGAGCUAAAAAACCGCUCUUCCCAGCAAUUCCAGGAGUUCAAUCAGACAUUCACGGAACAGAUGAACAUUGUGUAUUCUGGGAUCCCUGAGUAUGUCGGGGUGAACAUCACAAAUCUACGUCUUGGCAGUGUGGUGGUGGAGCAUGACGUCCUCCUAAGAACCAAGUACACACCAGAAUACAAGACAGUAUUAGACAAUGCCACCGAAGUAGUGAAAGAGAAAAUCACAAAAGUGACCAAGGAGCAAAUAAUGACUAGUGAUAAUUGCUCAGCUAUAAUGUGUUUCAACACCACUGGCACCCAAGUGCAAAACAUUACGGUGACGCAGUACGACCCUGAAGAGGACUGCCGGAAGAUGGCCAAAGAAUAUGGAGACUACUUCGUAGUGGAGUACCGGAACCAGAAGCCAUACUGCAUCAGCCCCUGUGAGUCCGGCUUCAAUGUCUCCAAGAACUGUAACUUUGGCAAGUGCCAGAUGUUUCGAAGUGGACCCCGGUGCCUCUGUGUGACCACGGAAACUCACUGGUACAGUGGGGAGGCCUGUAACCAGGGCAUCCAGAAGAGUCUGGUGUACGGCCUCGUGGGGGCAGGGGUCGCGCUGGUGCUGAUCAUCCUGGUAGCUCUCCUGAUGCUCGUUUUCCGCUCCAAGAAAGAGGUGAAACGGCAAAAGUCCAGAUUGUCUCAGUUGUACAAGUGGCAACAAGAGGAUGGUGGACCAGCUCCUGGGACCUUCCAAAACAUUGGCUUUGACAUCUGCCAAGAUGAUGAUUCCAUCCACCUGGAGUCCAUCUAUAGUAAUUUCCAGCCCUCCUUGAGACACAUAGACCCUGAAACAAAGAUCCAAAUUCAGAGGCCUCAGGUAAUGACGACAUCAUUUUAA